AUAUGAAACAAGUCAGCAAUAUGUGUCUUUGCUGUGACUGUGUUAGAGAAAAGUGAUGAGGAGGGGUUGUGAUUACAGUACUUACAAUUUCUGUGUGUCAGUCCACUAUUAAUUUCUCCAGCUCUAAACAUGCUACUGCUGCUUCUACUGCUGCUGUCACCAGGUGAUGGCCAGGCUCAGCGUGUGUCAGGCGUGAGGAAGAAUGGCACGUGCGCGUGUGAGGUGAACUCUACCCUGUGGUCGUUCCCUGCUGUGAAGUACGAGGCCGUGCUGCAGCAGGUUGAGUCCUGUGGAGGAUCUUUGAACACCCUGCAGGAACAGGUGAAGUUGUCCAGUGAGCGUCUCCCUCAGAUGCAGGCUCUGGUUACGAACAUUACGGCCCAGCUGGAGCCUCACCAGUACCUGCACAACCAGGGGCUGUACACUGCCUUGUCUCUGCGCCACCUGGGCGAGGAGCUCAGCCAGGUGGAGACAGACAUUGGUGCCGUUCACAGACAGCUUAACAACGGCCAAACACGAAAGCUCUCCAAAGAGGUGGGUAAAUUGCGUACAGAUGUAGACAAGAUGCAAAUGUCAGACACAAUUAACAUGAAGACUGUCAAAGAGAAACUGCGCUACCUGAAGAACAGUGUUGAGUCCUGCAAGACAAUCCCCAAAGACUUCAGAGGCAAAGGCAGAUACUGCCUCAAGGGCCUCAUCACCAACAUUAGUGAUCCUGUCAUGACUAAGGUCAGUCCACACGGUAAGAGCUACAUCUCUGGUUCAUGGGGCAAACAGGCCCAGAUGGACAGUGAGGGACAGAAGAACAGCUACUGGGUUCAACCUCUGCUUGACAGCCACGUCAGGGGCAACACCCUGCGUGUCUACCAAACCUACGAAGACUUCAUGGCCUCUGCCAACCACAGGGACUACACCUUCGCCCCAUCCUACAGUCACGCUAACAGCAUUGAGGGACCCAGUGCUGUUCUUUAUGGUGAAGCUCUGUACUAUCACUGCUACCGCUCUGCAGACAUCUGCCGCUACGACCUGAACAGCAACACUGUUAAACGGGUGACACUUCCAGGCACCGGUGUGGGUUUCAACAACAAGUUCCCGUACUGUUACUAUGACUGCCGUGCCAAUAGUGAUGUGGAUGUGGAAGCAGAUGAGACGGGACUAUGGGCCCUUUAUGCCACUGUCGGUAACCAUGGUAACAUGGUGGUGAGCCAGCUAGUUUGGGACAGUGGGGCUGAGAUGCUCAAUGUCUCGCAGACGUGGGAGACGAGGCUGUUCAAGAAGGCGGUGAGCAAUGCUUUCAUGGUGUGCGGUGUGCUGUAUGCCACUCGUUACGUGGACGAAUACCACGAGGAGGUGUUCUACGCCUUCGACACAGCAACGGGAAAAGAGGACAACUCACUAGCACUGCCACUCGAGAAGGUAGCUAAAGGAGUGGCCAGUCUGAGCUACAACCCCACCAACAAGCAGAUCUACAUGUACAACGAUGGAUAUCUACUGGCCUACCAGGCCCACUUCUGAUCUGAAGCUGUUCAAGUAGUUGGAAAUGGCUAUUUAUUGCAAUUUCCAUUUUAGCCCUGUUCAUUUAACUACUAAGAUUUAAAUGAAGCUAGUGAAGGUCCAGCUCAAAGACGACUAUAUAUCUAUGUUAACAGAUAUUACAUACUGUAUGCUUUAACAAAUGUUUGUAAUUAAGAAACACUGAAUGUAAUCAAAUGAUACAAUAAAACCUGUAAUCACCAACUUUAAUAGCAUUGCUUUCCAAUAGAAAAUAAAGUCAUUGUGUUGUUGGAUGUAA